AUGGACACCCCAAUCCGCCGCAUCAUCACAGGACACGAUCCCAAGGGCAAGGCCUAUUUUGCGUCCGAUGAGGUCUUGACUCCCUACGACCCGACCACCACACCUGAAUUUUCCACCCCGGGUCCAAACUCAGGCUUCGGCGUCGUUCAAAUCCACCGUUCCCGCGGCUUCCCCGUCGACAACAUGCGUGAGCUUCCCGAUCCGCAUAAGAGCCUCGUUCCUCUCGCCGACACUAAGGGUCCCUCCUGUCGCAUUCUUGAUCUGCCGCCCGCCGAACACGGAUGGAUGCAUCGUACUCUGAGCCUCGACUACUUUGUCGUUCUGUCUGGUAAAGUCGGGCUCAUUACGGAUGGGGGAGUGGAGAAGAUCUUACAGCCGCAUGAUGUAGUAGUCUGCCGUGGAACGAAUCAUGAAUGGGUCAAUCGGGGGACAGAUGUCGCGAGACUGUUUGCUGUUGUUGUUCCUAGCAAGGAGAUUGUUACUGAGAAUGGUGUUCGAUUGGAGAAGACGCCUGCUGGUCCUAUUUAUGACCCUGAAGAGGAAGAGGAUUGA